GACAGUGUUUAUUAUGAAGAGAAGUGAAAAUAUCUAAGAAAUUACAAUAAGCACGGUCCACAUUAUGUUCUCUGUAAACUGAAGUCCAAUCCUGGAGCGCCAAACAAUUGUUAAGGGUACUAAUCAUGUCCUCAGUAAUUUUUCGUUUAAAGAUUUUUAUCAUAGUGUCUUUCGUUUUCUUAAGAUUACAGUCAUACAAAGUAAAAACAGGUAAGUGGUCAGUGAUAUCACAUAUUAAUAGGCCACUGAUGAUUUGAUUUCCCAUAAUAUUAGUAAAAAUGUUGUCAAUGAUUGUGGCACUAUGUGACGUUAUUCUGCUCGGUUUCGUUAUAGUUGGGUACAGAGACAAGCUAUACAUUGUGUCAGUGAAGUCAUCAACGUUUUUUAGUUUGGUUGGAUUUAACAAAUCAAUGUUAAAGUCACCACAGAUAAAUAUGUUCUUUUGGUUCACAGUAGAAAACAGUUUACCCAUCCACUCAUUGAAAGAUUCUACGCUUGAACCAGGUGCCCGGUAUACACAACUCAUGAAGAUAUUUGUCUUUUUAUCAUUAUGAAUUUCCACUGUUAUGCAUUCAAAUAACCCAUCAACAGCUAAGGUCAUAUCAGUUGAAACAUUAAAUUUAACAGAUUUAUGAAGGUACAAAGCAACCCCCCCUCCUAUUUUGUUUAUUCUAUUUGUAUAUUUUAAUUCAUAGCCAUCAAGACAGAAAUCAAUACCUUUAUCAUCGUUAAACCAGGUUUCAGUAAUUGGAAUAAUGCUAAAUGGAUGAGAAAUGUUCCAAGUAAUCUUUGAUAGCCUCAAAAUUAGUGUACAUGCUUCGACUAUUAAAAUGUAUUAUUGACAGGUUAUCUUCUGUUUUUACACUGUUUUCAUAUUGUUCAUGGGUAAAAUAGUUGCAGUUUUUAACAAUCGAAGAGAGAAAAUUAUUGUCAGGGUCUAUCUCAGUAUCGGUCUCUGUUGUGGUGUGCUCUUUAUACUCACACGUUCCCAGUUCCAUUUGUUGAUGUUGUAUGAUGUUCUGUAACAUGUCUAUAUCAAUCCUUGGUGUAGUCUGUGACCUUGGUAUGUUAAGCAUUUUGAUGAUGUGAGUCACAAGCUACUUUGAUACCAGGUGCAGCAUCAAUGUCAAUACUUCUCAAGAUCUUCUAUCCUCUUCACCACUAAGACUUUUGCUUCCUCCGGUGUCCCAUUUAGUUUGAUGAAGAUCUUACAAUUAGUUACCCAGGUUUGUUGAAUCUUGCCUUGUUUUCUAAGUUGUCGUGCAAUCCUUGCGAUGUCAGCAUUUUUCUUUGUCAAGUGUUCAUUUAUGAAAACAUUUGUGCCUUUCAGUUUGCGUCCUUGCUUCAGAAGUGCUAUUUUCUUUUUCCGAUUGGUAAACCUCAUAAUGACCGCUGGUGGUCUCCCGUUCUUCGUGGGCAGUGGGUGACACGCCUCGAUGUACUCCAGGUCCGUCUCUAUCCCCCUGCUCUGGAGGUAGGAAGCAACCUGUUGUUCCACUGACUGAUCUCCUGGUCGCUGAGCUCCCCGUUGUCCGCGGCCACCGCACUCGCAUAAGAGCGCGGCCUGAUCUUGAUGCCGGUGAUGACCACAUCAUUCACGCGGGAGUAUUGCUCCAGCUCGACGCUCGAGAUCCUCAAUGCGCUGGUCUUUUUCCGAGUUCCGGAGGCGUAGUUGUUUCACCUCCUCCAGUAGCCCCAGGAGCUGCUCCUGCUGCGCUCUAACCGCAGUCACAUCGCCGCACAGGGAGUGGAGAGAGAGCUUUAUCUCCUCGAACUCCUCCGGUGUCGGGCCUUUCCUCGAUGGGGGCAUUCUGGUGAUUUAUACGCCAAAGUAUCCAGAGACCUGAUGAAGCUGAAAGAGGAGAGUCAAGAACCGAAGGAAAUUGAAGUGACAAUUCAGACUGACAAAGAUCAGGAUUUCAUAAUUGGGGGGAAAUAUUUUAGUUGCUCAAAGACAAAAAAGACACCAUUUAAAGCAAAAACUAGACGCCAUUUAAUCUGCCAGCAGUGUGGAACAGGCUUCACUCAAAGAGGAAACCUUAAUGUUCACAUGAGAAUUCACAAUGGAGAGAAGCCUUUCACUUGCCAACAGUGUGGAAUAAGUUUCACUCAAAGAGGAAACCUGAAUGUCCACAUGCGGAUUCACACCGGAGGGGAAUCUUUCACCUGUAAUCACUGUGGAAAGAGCUUCAUACGAAAAGGAACUCUUAAGACUCACAUGAGAAGUCACUCUGGAGAGAAGCCAUUUAAAUGUGAUCAGUGUAGAAAGAGUUUUCGAUAUAAAGACGACCUCAAUAAACACAGGAGGAUUCACUUCAGAAAGAACGGUUUUAAAUGUCAUCAGUGUGGACGGAGUUUCACAGACAGCAGUCACCUUAAGAAUCAUGUAACAACUCACUUCGGAGAGAAGCGUUUCAUGAGUCUUCAUUGUGGAAAGGAUUGCAAAAACAACGCGAACCUCGAGGUUCACGUAAGAAUUCACACUGGAGAGAAACCUUUUGUCUGCCCUCAGUGUGGAAGGAGUUUCUCGUUUAGAGGAAACCUAAAGAUUCACAUAAGAGUUCACACUGGAGAGAAACCUUAUUCCUGUCCGCAGUGUCCAAACCAUUUUGUGUAUAAAAGAGACCUGAAACGUCAUUUGCAAACAAUGGUCUGUGCAUCGCAAGAAGUUUAGCAGAAGGAGCAAUUUAAAAAAAAACUUGUGUAUUCUCUCUGGAGGUGUGAAGGGUAUUCAAUUAACUCUUGCCUUUGGGACUGACAAAUCAAAUUUAAUUUAACAAAUAUUUCAUUGAAAAGGGUUCCACACAGAAAGUGCUAAUUUCAAAGAAAGAUGGGUGUUUUUCUGAUAAAUCUGUCAAGAUGUUGGCAUAUACUCAUUAAUGCUGGGCACUAUACGGUGUGUAUAUGUGUGUGUGUGUGUGUGUGUGUGUGUGUGUGUGUGAUUUUCAUGAUCAUUGGGCUUUCCAUUUGUCUCUGUUGUAUAUUAUUAAUAAACUUAAUAUGUCAAUUAAAAAA